AUGUACCUUUUUUUUUUCAUAAAAAUAUUUUAUAUUAUUAUUAUAUUUUAUAAUAUUGAAAAAGUCAACAAUUAUAAAUCUUCUUGUAAUUUACUCAUAAAAAAUAACAAACUUAUAAGAAAAUCAUCUUUUCAUCAUCCUAAAAAAUGUUCAUCAAACAUAAAUAAUAAUGUUCCUAAAUUAUUAUGUACAGAAAAUAAGAAGCAAGGAAAAAAUAGAAAAACCAAAAAAAAAAAUAUAUAUAUAUAUAUAAAAAAAAAUAAAAAAUGCAGAGAUAUAAAAUGGGAACUUAUUAAAAAAACUUGCUUAACCUUUAUACCAGCAAGCAAAAUAAACAACAACAUGUUAUUUAAUAAACAUAACGAUAACAACAAAAAAAAAACAGAUCAUUUAAAAGAUAACAAAAUAUAUAAUGUUAUCGAAAAAAAAUAUUUUUAUAAUCAACAUGAUUCUUAUGAUGAAUUAAAUUCUUCAGAAAUAUAUCAAAUAAGGAAACAAAUUCUUAAUAGUCAUAAAAAUAAGCUAAAACAUAUUUUCGAAAAGCACAUAACUAAUAAAAUAUGUAAUCAUAAUAUUAAUAAAUAUAAUAGCUUUACUUAUAUAUAUUCCAUGAAUAAAAUCCAUAAACAAAUUGAUAGACUCUACAAUAUAUAUGCAAAAUGGAAUGCAAUAAACAAACAAAAUAAAGCAACACAAAAAAAUAGGAUUAAAAAAUUACCAAAAUUAUUUGGAAUACCCAUUGUUCUUAAAGAUAAUAUUAUUACUAAAGGAAUACCUACAAAAGCAGGUAGCAAAAUAUUAUUGAAAUAUAUACCAACUUAUGAUAGUACUGUUGUAAAGAAAUUAAAAAAAUACGGUGCCGUGAUUAUUGGGAAAACACAUAUGGAUGAAUUUGCUAUGGGCUCAUGUACAAAUAAAUCAAAGAAUCCAUUUAAUGAAACCAUUUUAUCAUGUGGUGGUUCUUCCGGUGGAUCAGCUACCUGCGUUGGUUCCAGAAUUUUUAAUUGUUCCAUAAAUACAGAUACAGGAGGUUCCAUCAGAACUCCUGCUGCCUUAUGUGGUUGUAUAGGAUUCAAACCUAGUUAUGGUAGGAUAAGUAGAUAUGGAAUUAUACCUUAUAAUGAAGAAACGGAUGUCGUCGGAUUUAUUGUUAAUAAUGUGUUUGAUUGUAGUAUAUUAUUAGAUGCUUUGUGUGGUAAGGAUGACAGGGAUAUUACUACUAUACAUAUUGAGGAUAUGGCCGAAAAUGAAAUGGAAUAUGGAAAGGAAGAUCAUAAAAAAGAUGAUGAUAAUAUAAGAAACAAUAUCAAAUGUGAUGAUAAUAUAAGAAACAAUAUCAAAUGUGAUGAUAAUAUAAAAAACAAUAUCAAAUGUGAUGAUAAUAUAAGAAACAAUAUCAAAUGUGAUGAUCAUAAAUGUGGUAAGGGAAAAAUGAAAUUCUUCUCUUUAUUAAAAAAAUAUUAUUACUCAAAUACUUUUCAGAGUAGUACACCAUUAAAAAAUAUAACAUUUGGUUAUAUUAAUGAAAAUAAUUUAAAAGAAUAUUUUGUAGACAAUAUUAUUAAUAAAAAUUAUAUAUAUGUAAUAGAAAGUAUGAAAAAGCUAGGUUCAUCUUUUAAACAAAUAGAGUUACCAAAUUUAAUAGAUUAUUGUUAUUUAUAUUAUUUAUAUUCGAUGACUAUAGCAAACAGUAAUUUAUCAAGAAUUAAUGGAAUAAAUUAUAAUAUGCAUAAUAUAAAUAAAGAAUCAAACUUUAUAAAAAAUGUAAGAUCUAAUUUAAUAGAUGAUCAUGUAUUAUCUAGAAUUAUAUCUGGGUCAAUUAUUUCUUCUUAUUUUCAAAACAAAAAAAAUGACAUAACAUAUAUCUUUUAUAUAAUGAAAGAAUACUUAAUUUAUACAUUGAAGGAAAUUUUUAAAAAAGGUGUAAAUUAUAUUUUAUUACCAUCAUUACCAAGAUCUAAUAAUUUAAAAGAUGAGGAUCAUAAUAAUACAAAUUAUUCUAAUGAACAUUUAUUAAAAAAGAAUAUAAUUUAUGAACAUAAAAUUUCAACAAAUGAUAUAGAUAAUUAUAAAGAUAAUAUAAUAAUAAAUAAUACAACUCAUGGAUAUAAUAAAUAUAUGAAAGAAAUAUUUUCGGUCAUAUCAUCUAUUAGUGGGUUCCCAAGUAUGGUUAUACCCGUAGGUACAUUUACAAACAAAUUUAAUGAGCCCUUAUCAUUUCAAAUAAUCGGUGAUAAUUUAAACGAAUUAGGUUUAUUAAAAGUUGCCUUGGCGUAUAAGCAACAUAUGCAAGUUAAUAAAAAAUUAUAUGAAAAUUUAAAAAUUCAUCAAAAAGGAAGGUAA